UCCGUUCGGUGGUGCAGCGGUACCGAGACAGAAAACGGGAAAACUUUCCUCUUUUCCUCGGUUGUGGUCAGUAGAUCAUGGUAAAAACCAGAAUGAUUACCAAAAACUGUCCCGAGUGUGAAGUGCAGGUGGCGAUUGCAUCGAAGAAAUGUUCCUGUGGCCAUAUGUUCAGCAUGAAAUCAUCGAGCGCUUACGAGCCCCCGUCGAGAACGAAAACCAGCUCGAAGCGAAAAGCAGCUCAAGCGGCCGCGGCCGCCGCCGCUGCUGCCUCAUCGUCCAGCGAUAGCCGGAAAGGGUCAGCAUCCGGGCAGGUGCAGCGCCGCCGGACGAGCCGAGUACGGCGCGAGAAACCCAACUACUACGAUUCCCUGCAGUACGAGAAGAAAAAGAAAAAAACCAAGAAAUCGUCCAAAGCAUCUCUGUUCAAAGGCAAAGAACCGAAGCAGACGCAGCUCAUCACGGCUAAAGAGACGCAGGUGGCCCGUGCUUCUCGGCAUGCUAAUCGACGUGCAAAGAAGGAAGAAAUCGACGGCGGAGGAGAUCUGGCGGCCAAGUUGCCCUUGGACAAACAGGAAGUGGCCGCUAUUAUACUCUCAGAAAUUAAUCGAAAAAUUGGUUCCGUCGUGUGGACCCAACCGUAGGCCAGGUGCCCUAGCAUUAACCGUAAUAUGUACAGUUUAGAAAUCAUACCAAUAGGAUAAGAUACCGCAGGCAAAUAAACAUCGUACAGCUGACUGUCCGAGGAAUCACUCUCGCAUCGUA